AUGGAGACACGUGGAGGGAUGGCCGUGCAUCUGUUGCCGCGAGUGUGCGCUACUCUGCCACUGCGACUGCUGGACUGCUCCUCCUGUGCUCUUCUUCAAGCGCUGGGGCAGAAGCCGACGAGUGUCACUUUUAGCGCGGCUGCUAGGUUUGCCGUAGAUGCCAUCACGGGCGCCGUUUUUGUGGGGGGCGCCACGGAAACACUUGUACCCUUCACUUUGUUACAAACGCUACACGAGUCUGUGUUGGCGACGUCAAGUGAAGCACAAAGAAGAGCGGCAUGGGAGGCAGUUUCUGGGGGUAACCAGUUGGUGGUUCUCGUAGAGCCAUGUGAUGUGCCGCGGCUAAUCAAACAAUUCCCCCAGUACAAGAAGGUGUGCAUGUGUGUGCCAUCAGGGCCUCUUGCCUCACGGAUGCUCUUUGGGCAGAAGCACUUGGAAGAAUUUUACGCGGAGGAUCUCACCCCAGCAAUGGCCGCGUUGUCAUCCGUAGAAGGGUACAGCUGGACGGCGUGGCUGCGCUCGUCAUUGACGUGCCGCUUUGAGGGGCUUUAUGUCCCCAGCAUACGUGUCGCCGAGAGUGUGGCGCAUUUGUUGAGCUCCGACGGCGGUUGUGAGCGAGUGGUGCUUGAAGAAGGCAUCCGCGGACUUACUCCAAGGUGGUUGGAGACCGUUAUGAAGACGACGUCCUCGUGUGGUGUGCCGUUGGAGCGAGUGACACUCGCAUUGUGUCGCAACGAAAAGAAUGAUGGCGAUCUGUUCUCGCGGGCUAUGGGAAUGGGCAUUGGCAGUCUGGCGGCCUCCACCGUACCCGCACCGCUCUUUGCACAUACAGAGGAACUGGUGGGCAUUGACGAUGUGGUCACAUUUGCAACUGGGUGGAAUGACGUGUGCGGGGGUAUCAGCGCGGAGGAGUUGGCGUCUCUCGACGACUGUAUCGAGUAUUGUGGCGCGAUGAGAGAGGAGUGGGACCGGCGGUGGAGGGGAACGGGAAAUUAUGUUCAUUGA